AUGGCCGAGUUCAUUCGCUCUGAUAUCUUGGGAACCACCUUUGAGACCACCAGCAGAUAUGCGAACUUGCAGCCCGUUGGCCUCGGCACUGCAGGAGUUGUAUGUUCCGCUUACGACUUGAUCUCGGAACAAGUGGUUGCGAUCAAGAAGAUGAUGAAGCCAUUUCACAGCACUUCGGUUGCGAAGCGGACAUAUCGAGAAGUGAAACUUCUGAGGCAUCUUCGACAUGAUAAUCUGAUCAAUAUGAGCGAUAUCUUCAUCUCGCCACUAGAAGAUGUGUAUCUUGUCACCGAACUCUUAGGGACAGAUCUGCACAGACUGCUCAACGGAAAGCCACUCGAAAGCAAAUUUGCCCAGUACUUCACCUAUCAAAUCCUGCGCGGACUGAAAUACAUACACUCAGCAGGCGUAAUCCACCGAGACCUCAAACCGGGAAAUCUCCUCAUCAAUGAGAACUGUGAUCUUAAGAUCUGCGAUUUUGGGCUGGCCCGUGUCCAGGAGCCGCAGAUGACUGGUUAUGUUUCAACAAGAUACUACCGCGCGCCGGAGAUCAUGCUGACAUGGCAACGGUAUGGGAGCAAGGUUGAUCUGUGGAGUGUGGGCUGUAUUCUUGCGGAGAUGUUGCUGGGCCGGCCGCUGUUUCCGGGCACUGACCACAUUAACCAGUUCUGGCUGAUUACAGACCUGCUAGGAAAUCCGCCGGACGAGGUGAUUGACCGGAUAACAACGAAUAAUGUACGUAACCCCGCCCCGGAUCUUCAACCCUCCAACCAUCUGGAGCCCGCUAACGGAAAUCGCCGGAUAGACUCGUCGGGUGCACUAAACCUUCUCGACAACCUCCUCGUCUUUGACCCUGACCGACGUAUCUCCGCCGAGCAGGGGCUCAUGCACCCUUGGAUGGCCCCCUAUCACGAUCCCACAGAUGAACCCGUCGCAACUGAGCAAUUCGACUGGUCUUUUAAUGACGCUGAUCUACCUUUGGAUACGUGGAAAAUUAUGAUGUACGUUCACCACUGUUCGGAUGUAGUUUCUUUCACGCUGUAA